AUGUUUGAAUUUCAUCAUUCUUGCAUGACUUGGUCUGGCAAAGAAUUAUUUGGAAGUAAUGCUGUAUUAAAUAAAUUAGAAUUAUUACAUACUGAUGGAAAAAUGAAAAGGCCACAAUUUAAUACGGAAUGGGGAAUUAAAGCAUUUCCUGUCGGUGGAUUUUUUCAGCUGGUUACUAUAUUCGAUACAAGGAAGGGUCGAACAAAUUUAGAAAGAAAAAUUGUAGGUAAGUGAAUUUAAAAUUGUGCGUGAGGGUUGGGGCAUUCAAAUACUAUCAAUUAUCCCAUAACUAAAGGAGUUUUCGUAUCAUAAUAGUUUUACUUUUCUUCCGAGAUGCGCAGGAUUUUGCUUACAACCUUCCGUCCUUCCUUUUUACCUUUUUAAUAUUUUUAUCCAAAAUAAUG